AUGUAGAAAUGUAAAAUAUUAGAGCAAUUAGACACAAUAACAUGUUAAAAUUAACAUAAGAAUUAACCAAUUAUUAUUGUAUUAGUGGAUUAAGAAUUAAAAGGAAACCAAAGAUUGAUGUGCCAAGAAUGCUUAUUAAAUAAUAGAGGAGUUCUCAAUGGUGUUUCAUUUAAUGACUUUAUGGAUAAAAUUCAAGAAGUAAAACAAAGUGUUUGCUAUGAAAUAACAAAAUCUGUUGAAAUAUAUUCUGACUAAUUAGAUGGAUUAAUUAAUGAUUUUAGAUAAAUUAAGAGUGAAACUAUUCAAAUAAUUGAUCAAAUGAUGAAUCUGAUCUCGAUGUGGAAGAAUGAAUUACAUGGUCUAUCAAUAGAUUCAAUGCGAUUCAGCAUAAUGGAAGAAAUUAAUAAUGUAAAUCUAUCUCAUUAAUAAUUAAUUGAUUAAGAAAAAAACUAAUAUGAAGAAAAAAUAAAAAAGUUAAACAAUAAUUAUACUAUUAAGACUUUGAUGAACGUUGAAUCAUUAAGGAAAAUACUUUGUGAAAAUGUAAAAGAGAAAUUAUAAGCGGUUAUAGAAUAAUCAUCAAAUUAAAGAAAUUGGAAUUUAGAAAUUUUAAACAAGGAAAUUAAAGAAAAGAAUAAUGAAUUGGAAAAAAAAAAAUAAUAAUUAUUGUAAGAAUAAGCAAAAUAAUAAUCAGUAUUUUUUAAUUAGGUUUUUACUGAUUAAGAUUCUUAACUUUUUAUGGGAGGAGAAUUUAAUAAAGAUAAUUCCUUAUUUGUGACAGAAUAUUUUACAUAAAUAUUUGUAUGGAAAUUCGAAAAUGGAAAAUUAAUUGAUUAAAAUCUCAAAUUUAAAUUAGGGUAGGGAGUAGAAUAGACUGUUUUUAGCAAAAAAAACAAUUGGUUUGUGUUUGGCAUGGAAUAAGGGAGUAUUAAAUGUUGCAUUGAAAGAGAAAAAAAAUCUUGGUUCAAUUCUCAUAAUUGGGAAAUUUCUAAAUCGCAUAAGAAACAUACAAAAAGGAUUAUUAGUUUGAUUUUAAAUAACCAAGAAGAUCUUUUAAUAUCUAGUAGUGAAGAUCAAACUAUCAAUAUUUGGGGAGUUGAUUAGAUUAAAAAUUCUUUAACCUUUAUAUAUUCACUUGAUACACCUAUUUCUUGUGUUUUUUAAAUAACUUUAAGUUUAAAUGAGACUAAUUUAGUGUCUCGCAGUGAUAAAUUAAUUCUUUGGGCUUUAGAUAAGAAUAAUAAAUGGGCUGUCUAAACUCUGCAUGCAAAGUAAAUAGAUAUACAAGGACCUACUUGUUUUAUAACAGAUGAAAUUUUAGUAGCAGGGGAAUAAUAAAAAUCAUAAAUUACUAUCUUUAAGAUAGAAAAAGGAUCAUUUUAGGAGUUACAUAAUAUAGAAAUAGAAAUAAUUGAUAAAUUAAAUUAAAAUAUGCACUCAAAAAUAUUUUAUAAUGGUGAUAAAUAGGUAAUGAUUGUACAAUUUGGUUAAAAAAUAUUUAUUUUGAAGUAACUCUAAAACUGGAAAUUUUAUGUUGAAUAAAAUCUAAGUCUUGAAAUAUCCAAUAAGAUUGUUAUUUCUAAAGAUUACAAAUAUAUGUAUCAUUUCAGGUCACUAUAUGAAAUAAUUUACAAAUGA